AUGAAUCUAAUGGAAAUUUCUUCGUUAUGUUCGUUUCAGUUCGCUCACAGAGAUUGCAUACAACGGUGGUGCGACGAGAAAGGAAACACGACUUGUGAAAUCUGUCUUCAGGAGUAUAAGCCUGGGUACACUGCAAUUCCUAAACAAUCCCGGUUCGUAGAAGCCGCAGUCACAAUCAGAGAUAGCUUGCAAAUUUCGAGGAGAGAAAACGCGAGGAGAAGAAUUAGAAGAGAAAUAUCCGAUUCUCCAGAAUGCAAUUCUGCUGCUGCUGAUAGAUGCGUUUCUUGUUGCCGAACCUUGGUUCUCACUUUUUCAGUGGUUUUGCUCGUGAAGCAUGCGUUGGAUGUGAUAUAUGGAAUCGAAAAGUAUCCUUUCACAGUUCUCACGGUGCUAGUGUUGAAGGCAAUUGGAAUUCUACUGCCGAUGGUUGUUAUUCUCCGGACAAUAGCAGCUGUUCAGAAGAGUCUCCGACACCAAUAUCCCGAAUCUGAAGAUGAUGAGGGGUCCAAUUAUGAGGACGAGGACGAGGACGAGCAACACCGGCAUUUGAACAAGGAGCCGCAUGUCUGUAUAGCCAGCCACUUUGUGUUCUCCAUUUCAGAGGAUAUAAAUAACAUAAAAGAAAACACACGGAAUACAAUUAACCAAUACUCAGGGGAAGGAGCAUUACAUUAC